AGCAGUUCCAGCUUCAAUAUUUCUAAAUACAUUUAUUCGUACAGCAGUCAAAGAUAAAAAAGCAUUGAGGUAUGAAUUUUGAUAUGAAAUUAGUUAUAGUUUUUGUUUUGAUACGUACAGUGUUUACAGCUGUUGACGAAACUAAUAAGGUCACUGAAGCACCUGAGAAGAGAGAAGAAAUAUCCAAAGGAACUCAAGAAAAUUCUGUAAAGCCAACAGAAAGCUCUGGAGAACCAAGUGAAAAGACAGGGCAAGAAAAAGCACCUGAUAACUCGGUCACUGAAGCAUCUGAGAUGAGAGAAGAAAUAUCCAAAGGAACUCAAGAAAAAUCUGUAAAGCCAACAGAAAGCUCCGGAGAACCAAAUGAAAAGACCGGCCAAGAAAAAGCACCUGAUAACUCGGCAAAGGAACCGAGAAAAGUUCUGAAAGCUGGCAUUCUAGUAUUCCCAAUAAAAUCUAAGAAUACUGGAGCCAUUAAAGGAGUUGUUAUUGUAAGGAAUCCUCGAGUAAAUGGAGAAACAAGUACCGGUAACCAAAUGAAUAAUCAACCUCAAAGGCUAGGACUUGUAAGAACAAGUGUAAGAGUUUCAGUAAGAGGAGCAAUGGUUUACAAAACACGUCAAGUAAGUAAACCUGCAAAUGUUGAAGAAAAAAGGCAAACUUUUGCAGACACUGAGUCCACAAAUACAAAAGAAGCUAGGCCCUCCAACGAGGAGUCGUCGCCAACUCAAAACGUAACUCCAACCACAGACAUUGUGCAAACCCAAUCCUCAGCAGAUGCAGGGGAACCUGCAAAUAAAGGUGAGGUGGAAUCUCCCGCAGCACCUAAGUCUAUUUCUGCAUCCACAACCUCUGCAGAGAAAGGGCAAACUUCAGCUGUUGACUCUGCAAAUACGAAACAAGUUGAGCCGUCGACUGAGGCAACACCAACAAACAACGCAAAAAAUGUUGUGCAAACUCAAUCCUCAACAGCUGCAGAGGUCGGACCUGCAAAUAAAGGUGAGAUUGAAUCUCCCACAGAAAAACUUACUUCUGAAAACCUAAGACCAGAAACAAGUUAAAGAAAAAUAAUACUCUACUGAAAUAAAUCUGUAAAAGACAGUGUUUUUUUUCCACAUAAUGAAAUUAAAAAACUGUAAUUAUAGGAAAGAGAAUUUAAGCAUGUUGGUACAAGCAAAAACUACAAUAAAAUUGGAAAUCUCAACUAAAAUCCAACAAAGUUUUAACUUAGCCUCAAUAUUAAACACUGUGUUGUAAAGGACUAUUAAAGGGGUCGGAAUCUUAUAUGAUUUAUUUAUCGUAAGCAUAACUAUUUUUCUUUCUUUUUAAGUUUCCAUUCAUAUUAUUUUUAUUUAUGUGCUUUAGUAAGUAAGCUGUUUUGUUUCAGUUAUGUUUAACACUGUACACCUUGUUGGAAAUAAAUUUUAUUUUGAUUUGA